AUGCAACUAUCCUGGAAGAAUAUCCCAACUGUUGCUCCUGCCAACGAUUUGUUGGAUAUCGUGUUGAAUAGAACACAAAGAAAGACUCCGACUGUCAUUAGACCUGGUUUCAAUAUUACUAGAAUCAGAGCUUUUUAUAUGCGUAAAGUGAAAUUCACUUCUGAAGGUUUUAUUGAAAAAUUCGAUGAUAUUAUUAAAGGUUUCCCAAACAUCAAUGAUGUUCAUCCAUUCCACAGAGAUUUAAUGGAUACCUUAUAUGAAAAGAAUCAUUAUAAGAUUUCUUUAGCUGCUAUAUCAAAAGCUAAAACUUUAAUUGAACAAGUAUCUCGUGAUUACAUUAGAUUGUUGAAAUUUGGUCAAUCUUUAUUUCAAUGUAAACAAUUGAAAAGAGCUGCUUUAGGUAGAAUGGCUACCAUCGUUAAGAAAUUAAAGGAUGCAUUAUCUUAUUUGGAACAAGUUAGACAACAUUUAGGUAGAUUGCCAUCUAUUGAUCCAAACACUAGAACUCUGUUGAUCUGUGGUUAUCCAAAUGUUGGUAAGUCAUCUUUCUUAAGAUGUAUUACAAAAGCUGAUGUUGAAGUUCAACCAUAUGCUUUCACCACCAAGUCAUUAUAUGUUGGUCAUUUUGAUUAUAAAUAUCUACGUUUCCAAGCCAUUGAUACUCCAGGUAUUUUGGAUAGACCAACUGAAGAAAUGAACAAUAUUGAAAUGCAAUCCAUUUAUGCUAUUGCUCAUUUACGUUCGUGUGUUCUAUAUUUUAUGGAUCUUUCUGAACAGUGUGGUUUCACAGUUGAAGCUCAAGUCAAAUUAUUCCAUUCUAUUAAACCAUUAUUUGCUAACAAAUCAGUGAUGGUUGUUAUUAACAAAACCGAUAUCAUUGGUCCACAAGAUCUAGAUGAAGAGCGUGCUGCAUUAUUACAAACCGUCAAGGAUGUUCAAGGUGUUGAAAUCAUGACAACUUCUUGUCAAAUGGAAGAAAACGUUAUGGAAGUUAGAAACAAAGCAUGUGAAAAGCUAUUGGCUGCCAGAAUUGAAACUAAGUUAAAAUCACAAUCAAGAGUUAACAACGUCUUAAACAAAAUCCAUGUUUCUAAACCACAAAGCAGAGAUGACGUUGACAGAUCACCAUUUAUUCCUGAAACAUUCAAAUCUCUGAAGAAAUACGAUCCAGAAGAUCCAGAAAGACACAUUUUGGCUAGAGAUAUUGAAGGUGAAAAUGGUGGUGCUGGUGUCUUCAACAUCAAUUUGAAGGAUAAAUACUUAUUAGAAGAUGAAGAAUGGAAAAAUGAUGUCAUGCCAGAAAUCAUGGACGGUAAGAAUGUUUACGAUUUCUUAGACCCAGAGAUCGCUGCCAAGUUACAAGCGUUAGAAGAAGAAGAAGAAAGAUUAGAACAAGAAGGUCUAUACAACUCUGAUGACGACGAAGUAUUUGACGGUUACACUGGUGAUGAAGUUGAUGAAAUCAGAGAAAAAGCCCAAUGGAUCAGAGACAAGCAAAAGAUGAUGAUUGCCGAAGCCAGAAAUAGAAAGUCAUUGAAGAACAAAGCCAUUAUGCCACGUUCCAAACUUACCAAAUCUUUUGGCCAAAUGGAAACUCAUAUGGCUAAAUUAGGACACGAUAUGUCUGCUCUAUAUGAUAGACAAUCAGUUGCCGCAUAUGCUAAUAGAUAUAGAGAAAGUGGUGCUGAUGUCGUAUUCGGUGCUGGUGAUGCUAUCGAAGGAAGCAAAUCUGCCAACGGUGGUACAUUGAACCAAUCCGACAGAUUGCUAGACGGUGUUGCAGAUGGUUCGAUGAGAUCCAAGGCCGAGAGAAUGGCUAAACUACAAAGAAGAGAAAGAAAUAGAAACGCUAGAGCUGGUGAAGCCGACAGACAUGCAACUGCUUCAUUACCAAAACAUCUGUUCAGUGGUAAACGUGGUAAUGGUAAAACUGAUUUCCGUUAA